UGACAGCGGAGGGGCGAUCUCGCAGCCACGGACCUCACAAGGAAUUCCCCUUAUCAGAUCUGGCGGAGGGAGACCCUAUGUCGAACCCUCCCUACCUCUCGUUCCUCCAUCCCCGUCGAGCGCCGCCGCCCUCUCCCCGAUCCAGAUCCGCGCCCCAUCUUCUGCCUACCUCUUGCUGAAGUCGUGGUGUUGUGGUCAGGGCCCGAUCUCUCUGGCGGAUCUGGAUGGAGGGCGGGGGCGAGCUCGUCGUCUCCCUCGCGCUCGACGCCAGCAGGGACGCGGGCUUCGACGCGGCCGCCUACAUGGGCACGCUCCGGGCGCGGCGCUUCCGGAGGUGGAUGCGUUGGUCGCCGCAGAUGGCAUCCACGCACGACCUCGUGACACAGAACUUCGCCAAACUUCCGAUGGGCGUCGUACGUGUGCGCCACAAACAUGCAGUUCAAAGGCAGAGUUCAGUUAACUCAAGCUAUUACAAUUCACUCUGUCGCGGCGUCUCUAGGGGCAGCGGAAGAACCGUGGGUGUGAUCCGUGAGCACAGACGCGCAGAUCUGUGGGGAAGCAACAUGCAGACAUGGAUGGAAGAUGGGAGACCUAGCUCUAGCUGCCUGAGCUGUCCACCGGAAAGAUGAACCCACAAGCGCCAUGGUGGACAAAGAGGGGACCAGCAACUCCGACGACAGGAGGUAGAGGGUUAUUUGCUCGAAGAAGUACAAGAAGAGAGCAAGAGGCCGGCCUCCAAGAUCAAUACUGAAAUAGAUGAAGAAUGCUUGCCCAACUGCAGCCAUGACAUGUGCAUCAAGUGGUACAGUCAAUGGUCAGUAAGAAUACAACGCAUGAUCCCAGUUAUUAUUUUUCCUACCAUGUUCAUUCAACUAGAGCAAACAUGUUUGGUGUUGGGUUUAAUGCGAGCUUCGGAGAUAUCACUGAACAGUUCAUUCUGGUGUUAUUAAGUGCUUCAGCAGACACAAAUGUAGCAUAUUUUUACUGAUAGCAAUGCACUAUGAGUAAUUAAGCUGGUGUGACCAUCAUUUAUUGAAAAUAUGCUGCAACCUAUGCAUCUGCUUACCAGUAUUGUCCUUGGCAACUUCAACCAAACUUUUAUUUUAGUUGAUUCCACUUUCUAUGGUUUUAGAAAUUCAUUGUUUUUGUAUGCUUAAUUGAGCAGAGCUCGUUCAUAGUGAUCUUCUGCCAAUGACACAAAUGUAGGAAUGAGAUACACAUGCAAUGUAAGAAACAGAGAAAGGAAGCUGAAAGUUGAAAGCAUUAUAUGUUUUUGUGACUAUACACAUUAGUAUUGCCUUAAAAAUUGAAUAAGGAAUAUUUUUAUUUGGUAUGUACCACAAAAUGUGUUCAUCCAGUAGGUGAUGGUUUGGUCAUUCUUCUCCAAGGUGCGGAUAUAUUUGGACUUUUUGCAACUAUGCUUGUGCCUGGUUUUACUGAUUACGAGACAUCUCCAGAUGAUUGGUUAUCUGGCCAUAUUUUCCAACUGUAUAAGCUUUGUGAAAUCUUGAGAUCUUCCUCGUUUUAGCUAAUUCAGUGCUCUGUAUAACAGUGAUUUUGCAGAGAUAUUGGAUGUUAACUUAUUCAUAUCCUCAUCCUAAAGAUCAUAUGACAAGUACUUGAUAUAAUUUUGCUUUCAAAAAUGAAAACACCUAGGUGAUUAUCCUGGCUAUCAUAUCUGUACAAGCAAGAUUAUCAUAAUAACUAAGCAAUUUUUUCUUCAUGUUAUUAUACAAUGCCUAAUUUGAUUCAACAAGGAUAAUGAUACUGCAAGGCUUGAAAAUUUUAGACUAUGAUCACUUUGUAUGCCAAGCUGGAAACUUGAGGUGCCUUAAAGCACCUACAGCUGGAGUGGCAAAUCCGGGUGACUCAAACGCCCUGCGGAUGUGUCUGCGAGCACUGUCCGGCCAGUCCUCAAAAAUCGCCGUCCACAUCCGCAUUUCUCAUAUCCAAUCCACAUAUGUGUAUCUCAUAUCCACUGACCUGUCAUAUCUCAGGUCUUAUAUAUGC